CAUAAACAUUUAAACCAAUAUCCAUUUGGGAGGAGACAUUUUUCUGGAAGACAUCUUAUAUGUUAAACAAAGAUCCAGGAGUUUGUCUAUAAUACGCCAAAUGUCAUUAAGAUGCACAUUAAUUGUUAGCUUACAGAAUUCAUUCAAUAACUUGUUUAUUAAAUAUAUAAUGUGUUCAAAUACUCUUAAAUACUGAGGAAGAGAAAAAAGAAAAGCAGCUCGUAAGUCUUGCUUUUUUUCCCCUUUUGCAUUGUUGAGAGGCUUCCUAUUUGUUACUUAUUUCAGUUGUCCUCUGCUUAGCUGAUUUACAGACAGCAAAUUAACUCUGACAGGCCUCUCUUUUAUAGCAGCAUUGGUUCAGGAAGGAUAUAAGAGGAGAGUAUCAUCAUUGACUUUGUCCUGGUGUCUUUUUCCACAUGAUUUAGGCCUUAAUCAUAGAACCCAGUUGAGUUUUUUGCUUCAAGUGACCAGGAUAUAUUAAGUCUUCCUAUAUUCUAGAAGUUACAAUUACUAGUCUUUUGAGGAACUGCCAUUCAAUAGGACACUACAGAAAGGAUUCUUAGUGUAAUACUUAGUGAUCUUAAGCUUCUUUAUAAACUUUAUGAAACCUAUUCCAAAUUUUCCCCACCUUCUCCCCUAGAUGGCAGCUAGUCCAAUACAUUAAAUGCAUAUGGAUUUUAUAAGUAAAAUUCACAGUUGAAAGUUUAGGUUAAUUAAAAUUUGAUUAGCCACAUUUCUAAGUUGGGUUAAUCAAGUUUACUGUGUUUUUGCUGGAAUUUCAGAUAAAAAUGGAAAUUCUGCAUUGUUAUCCCCAAUUUGGGGAUUAUAAACUUAAAGAGGUAGUUUGAACUCAGACUUUGAAGUUGGGGACCUGAGGUGCCUUUGAUAUUGAAGGAGCCAGGCUUUGGAUUUUAGUUCUUUGGGCUUUAGAAGAAUAGGUGAAGGUAACUCCACAAGAUGGGAAGAGUGAUGAACCAGGAACCUGAAGACUCUUGAGAUUGAAUGAAUCCCCUUUUUCAUGCUGCCUAGUUUCAAGGCUUGUCAAAUUGCUUAAAAUAUUCUUGAGCUUUAGUUCCUUCAUCUGGAAAAUAAGAUUCAUUUAAUUCAAUCAGGAUUUAUUAAAAUCAUCUUCUUUGUGUACAUUGCUACAGUUCUUGCCCUCAAAAAAUUUAAAUUCUAUGAAAUAAAAAAAAAAAACUUGUACAUAUGUUAGCCCAAUAUAUUAGAGGGGGAGGUGUAUAGAACAAAUUACAACUUGAAGCUCUUGAUAGAAAGUGGCAGUUGACCUGAAACGAGAAGGGAGUUAGGAAUUUGAAGAGGAAAAGGAGGGGAGUUAGUGAUAUCUGUAGUACCUACUUUACAGGGUGGUUGUAGGGCUCAAAUGACAAUAUAAUUUGCUUCAAAAUGAUAGCUCUUCUGUAUUAAAAAGCAACAUGGCACAGUAUGUAUGAAGUUGGCCUUGGAAUCAGAGAGACCUGGAUUCAUAACCAAUCUCUUAAAUAUGUGAUCUUUGUGAACUCUGAUCUUAGCAAAGCAAUGUCUCAAGGUGGUACUUCCCAAUUCCAAGAAGUCAUCCGACAAGAGCUGGAAUUAUCAGUGAAGAAGGAAUUAGAGAAAAUACUUUCAACAGCCCCACUAAAUGAAUCUGAGCAUACUAAAAAAGAUCUUGAAGGAUUUCAGAAGUUAUUCCAUAGAUUCUUACAAGAAAAAGGACCUUCUGUGGAUUGGGGGAAAAUCCAGAGGCCUCCAGAGGACUCGAUUCAGCCUUAUGAAAAGAUAAAGGCCAGAGGCUUGCCAGAUAAUAUAUCUUCCGUCCUGAAUAAGUUGGUGGUAGUAAAACUCAAUGGUGGCUUGGGAACAAGCAUGGGCUGUAAAGGCCCCAAAAGUCUAAUUGGGGUACGGAAUGAAAACACCUUUUUGGAUUUGACAGUUCAGCAAAUUGAGCACUUGAACAAAACUUACAACACAGAUGUUCCUCUUGUUUUGAUGAACUCUUUUAAUACUGAUGAAGAUACAAAGAAAAUACUUCAGAAAUACAGUCAUUGCCGUGUGAAAAUCUACACUUUUAAUCAAAGCAGGUACCCUAGAAUUAAUAAAGAAUCUUUACUGCCUGUAGCAAAGGAUGUCUCAUACUCAGGGGAAAAUACAGAAGCUUGGUAUCCUCCAGGUCAUGGAGACAUUUAUGCCAGUUUCUACAAUUCUGGUUUGCUUGAUACUCUUAUAGGAGAGGGAAAGGAGUACAUUUUUGUGUCGAACAUAGACAAUUUGGGUGCCACAGUGGAUCUGUAUAUUCUUAACCAUCUUAUGAAUCCACCCAAUGGAAAACGUUGUGAAUUUGUUAUGGAAGUCACAAACAAGACAAGGGCAGAUGUAAAGGGUGGUACCCUUACACAAUAUGAAGGCAAACUGAGAUUGGUAGAAAUUGCUCAAGUGCCAAAAGCCCACGUUGAUGAAUUCAAGUCUGUAUCAAAAUUCAAAAUAUUUAACACAAACAAUCUGUGGAUCUCUCUAGCAGCAGUCAAGAGACUGCAGGAGGAGAAUGCCAUUGAUAUGGAAAUCAUUGUCAAUCCAAAGACCUUGGAUGGAGGCCUAAACGUUAUUCAGUUGGAGACUGCGGUUGGAGCUGCUAUAAAAAGUUUUGAGAAUUCUCUUGGCAUUAAUGUUCCUCGAAGCCGUUUUCUGCCUGUUAAAACUACAUCUGAUCUUCUACUUGUAAUGUCAAAUCUCUACAGUCUUAAUGCAGGAUCCUUAACAAUGAGUGAAAAGCGAGAAUUUCCUACUGUGCCCUUGGUUAAAUUAGGAAGCUCUUUUACAAAGGUCCAGGAUUACCUAAGGAGGUUUGAAAGUAUACCAGAUAUGCUCGAAUUGGAUCAUCUCACAGUGUCUGGAGAUGUGACAUUUGGCAAGAACGUCUCAUUAAAGGGAACGGUUAUCAUCAUUGCAAACCAUGGUGACAGAAUUGAUAUCCCUCCUGGAGCUGUGUUAGAGAAUAAAAUUGUAUCUGGUAACCUUCGGAUCUUGGACCACUGAAGAAAAAUAUGCCUCCAUAUGUUUUAUUGAUUAUGAGCUAAAUUGUUUUUCACAAAUGGAAUGUUCAAUAAGGUUUGGGAAUAGAGGCAGGUGCUUUAUCCACUAUUUCACUGUACCCUGAAGUAUUAAUUUUUAAAGUAGAGUUUUCUGCAGUACGCUCUUAUUUAAAAGCACAGAUGGACAUUUGAAAGCAAUACUUCUUCUUUGAAGAGAUCUGUAUGUACAUCAUUAACUUUGAAGUGCAAUAUUGCUGGUCUUAACACAGGAGUGGCUCUGCUGGAAGAUCUUUUAACAGAGGCAUGUCUGGCUCCGGUCAUUUUGAACUGCUUGUAAUUUAAAAAUAAAGCUGUGAAGCAAUACAUAUGUGCACAUUUAUAAUUUUUCAAUUAUGUCAUUUUUAUGAAGUAAUCUUUCUCUAUUGCAGAAUAGAUAUUUAAAAGACUGGGAAGGCUUGAAAUUGUGGUACUUAAAUUUUUGCAUCUUUGAGAAUUUUCUUUGGCUUUGGCUUUGUACAAAAUGGAUUGAUACCUCAUCAUGUUUCUUUGUGAGGAUGUAGACUAGCCAGUUUUAUUUCCUUCCAAAGGAUGUGUUUAUUCUUCAAGAGUGAGUGUAUAGUAUAUGUGUGUGUAUAUUUUUGCUUGGUGGGAAUCGGUUAUUGGAUUGGAUUUGGCUCCUUUAUGCUUCUCUCCUCUCUCCUCCCCCAUCUUCUGUGGGGUCAAAGAGUAAUAAGUAAUGUUUUUCACAUCACCCCUUUCCUUCCUUUUGCUCCAUCCCUCCUUUUGCUGCAUCCUCCCUUUAUGGUUUUGGGUUUGGGAUUUUUUUUUUUUUAAAUCAUACACUGACAAUUUUCAGGACAAAAAGAUUAAUCAAGAGUAUCUCAGAAUGGCCAAAUAAUAAAGCUCACAAAUGGCACUA